GCCCGGGCGGGAGGCGGGGGGCGGGGCGGCCGCGCUGAGUCACUCCGGAUUGACCCGCCCGCCGCUUCCAGGGGCGGAGGUGACAGCGGGCCCGGGACGGGCGGCCGCAGCUGCCCGCCGCGCCGAGGGACCGCCGGGCGGCGGAGAGCAGGUUAAAAGACAUGGAGGCUGGUUCAGUGGUUCGAGCCAUCUUUGACUUCUGCCCUAGUGUGUCGGAAGAACUGCCACUCUUUGUGGGGGAUGUUAUUGAGGUGUUAGCCGUGGUGGAUGAAUUUUGGCUGCUGGGAAAAAAGGAGGAUGUGACAGGACAGUUCCCCAGCAGUUUUGUGGAAAUUGUGACCAUUCCCAGUCUAAAAGAGGGAGAGAGGCUGUUUGUCUGUAUCUGUGAAUUUACAUCCCAAGAACUGAACAGUCUUCCCCUCCAUCGAGGUGACCUAGUGAUUCUCGAUGGCGCUCCCACGGCUGGCUGGCUGCAGGGCCGAAGCUGCUGGGGUGCCCGGGGCUUCUUCCCAUCCUCGUGUGUUCAGGAGCUCUGCCUGUCCUCACAAAGCCGGCAGCGGCACUCACACAGUGCCCUGCUCCAGCGCCCGGAGUGUUCAAUGGGGCAAGCCCGGGCACUGAUGGGGCUUUCCGCUCAGCUGGAGGAGGAACUGGACUUCAGGGAGGGGGAUGUGAUCACCAUUAUUGGAGUUCCUGAACCAGGCUGGUUUGAAGGGGAGUUAGAGGGCCGAAGAGGCAUUUUUCCAGAAGGUUUUGUAGAGCUUUUGGGGCCCCUGAGGACUGUGGAUGAGUUGGUAAGUUCUGCACAUCGCAAUGACUGCCUGAUGAAUGGGGAAAUCGAUGCCCCUGCAGAAGGGAGAGGGCCAGAAGAGGGUGAGGAGCAGCCGCCGGGGACCUACGGGCUUGCCCUCUACAGAUUCCAAGCCCUGGAGCCGAAUGAGCUGGAUUUUGAGGUCGGCGAUGAAAUCCGAAUUCUGGGGACCCUGGAAGAUGGCUGGCUAGAAGGAUCCCUGAAGGGCAGGACAGGCAUCUUUCCUUACCGGUUUGUAAAGUUAUGUUCUAAAACAAGAGUGGAGGACACCAUGGAUCUGCCACAGGAAAGCAGCUGUACCAAGACCCCUGAAACUUCUCUGGAUUAUUCAGAGAGCUCCUUAGUGGCGGAGGAACAAAGACACGAACCUCACGAGUAUAAAGCAGAGAAGUCCAACUGUGUUAUUUCUGAAACAUCCAUUUCUCCUUGUGAGCAUCUGACUUGUGAAUAUGAAGUAAACAGAGACCCUCAUCAGGAUGAGGGCUGCUCUGGAGGGCCCCCGAGAAGCCCAGGCGCAGGGCACCACCAGCCUCUUGCUAAAGACUUGUCCUCAAAGACUCCUCCGGAGGCAGUCAAUGGUGUUUCCUCCCACCCUCAGGUACCUUUUCAUCCCAAACUGCAGAAAAAACAGUAUUAUUCUACAGCAGGAAGCAGCCACCCAAGCUCAGAGCAGUGUUCUGACCUUCUUCCCCUAGAGGCGAGGACUGGAGACUACUCCAGCCUCCUUCCCAGAGGGACGCGCCUCCAGCCACGACCCCUUCAGAAGCCAGUGCCUCCCCUCCACAGCGGCUCUUCUCUUCCAGCCUCGGGGGCAGUCCGACCCAGCCAGUGGAGCUCUCAGCUCCAGGACUUGGCAAGGUGUGCUAAAAAGCACCACACACCCAAAGGAAAUGCUUCCAGCUUGUGUUCUGCAUCGGAGAUGAAGCCUGGUCUGCAGCACAAGGUGGCCGCUGUGGAAGCGAUGGCGCGUGCGCAGGGAGACGGCAGCACUGACCUGGAGUACAAGUUGACACAGCAGCUGAUAGAGUUUGAGAAGAGCUUGUCAGGGCCCAGCAUAGAACCAGAUAAAAUUUUGCGCCACUUUUCAAUCAUGGACUUUAACUCUGAGAAGGAUAUCGUCCGAGGUUCCUCAAAGCUAAUCUCUCAGCAGGAACUGCCGGAGAGGAGAAAGGCCCUAAGGCCACCACCCCCACGUCCCUGUACCCCACGAUCCACUUCUCCCCAUUUGCUAGUUGACCAGAACCUGAAGCCUGAACCACCCUUGACGGUGCGACCCUCUCGCCCAGCACCUCUGCCUCCCUUGGCACAGCAGAGAAUGACUGCGGUGUCCCCCAAGGUCCUCACCUAUGACUGUCCUGGCUCUGAGACCCUAGAAAAGGAGGGCCCUGAGAAUAUGGAAAAGACUCUGGAGCAGACUUCCCAGUGUCCCUUAGUAUUGGUGAGGAUCCAGGAAAUGGGACAGGACUUGGAUAUGUACGGCAGGGCUGCAGAAGAGCUAACCUUAAUGCUGGAAGAGAAGCAAGAGGAAUCGUUGAGGGCAGAGAGCCCGGAGAAUCUUGAGUUCUACGACAGUAACAUUGGAAGUUUGAAUAUGGAACUCCAGCAGCUUAGAGAAAUGACACUCCUCUCCUCCCAGUCUUCAUCACCAGUGGCCCCUUCUGGGUCUGCGUCCACUGAACACCCAGAGCAGAGGAUGCUGGAGAAGAGAGCCAAGGUGGUAGAAGAACUUCUUCAGACAGAAAGAGACUACAUUCGGGAUCUGGAAAUGUGUAUGGAGCGGAUCAUGGCACCCCUGCAGCAGGCCCAGGUACCAAACAUUGACUUUGAGGGACUUUUUGGAAAUAUGGAGAUGGUGAUUAAAGUCUCAAAGGAAUUACUGGCUGAUCUGGAGAUCAGCGAUGCUGUAGGACCUGUGUUUCUUGAUCACCGGGAUGAGCUUGAGGGAACGUACAAGGGUUACUGCCAGAAUCACGAUGAGGCCAUUGCACUGCUGGAAAUCUAUACGAAGGAUGAGAAGAUCCAGAAGCAUCUUCAGGACUUCUUGGCGGAUCUUAAGAGCCUGUACAAGGAGUGGGGAUGCACAAAUUAUAUUAACCUGGGCUCCUUCCUCAUCAAACCAGUGCAGAGGGUAAUGCGUUACCCACUGCUGCUGAUGGAAUUGCUGAAUUCCACCCCAGAUUCCCACCCGGAUAAAGUGCCUUUAACCAGUGCCGUUCUGGCAGUCAAGGAAAUCAAUGUGAACAUUAAUGAAUAUAAGCGUCGAAAGGACCUGGUCCUCAAGUACCGAAAGGGCGACGAAGACAGCCUGAGGGAGAAGAUCUCCAAGCUGAACAUCCACUCCAUCAUCAAGAAAUCCAAUCGUGUCAGCAGCCACCUGAAGCACCUCACCGGCUUUGCUCCACAGAUAAAAGAUGAAGCAUUUGAAGAAACAGAAAAGAACUUCCGAAUGCAAGAAAGAUUGAUCAAAUCUUUUAUCCGAGACCUGUCUCUCUACCUCCAGCAUAUCCGCGAAUCAGCAUGUGUGAAAGUGGUGGCUGCCAUGAGCAUGUGGGAUGUGUGCGUGGAGAAGGGACACAGAGACCUGGAGCAGUUCGAGAAGGUGCAUCGCUACAUCAGUGACCAGCUCUUCAGUAGUUUUAAGGAGAGGACACAGCGGCUUGUCAUCUCUCCCCUGAAUCAGUUACUGAGCAUGUUUACAGGGCCCCACAAGCUGGUCCAGAAACGCUUCGACAAGCUCUUGGACUUCUACAAGUGCACAGAGCGGGCCGAGAAGUUGAAGGAUAAGAGGACUCUGGAGGAGCUGCAGUCGGCCCGGAACAACUACGAGGCCCUGAACGCCCAGCUGCUGGACGAGCUGCCCAAGUUCCACCAGUAUGCCCAGGGCCUCUUCACCAACUGCGUCCACGGCUAUGCCGAGGCCCACUGCGACUUCGUGCGCCAGGCUCUGGAGCAGCUAGAGCCCCUGCUCUCAUUACUGAAAGUCGCCGGCAGAGAGGGAAACCUUAUUGCCGUCUUCCACGAAGAGCACAGCAGGGUUCUGCAGCAGCUCCAGCUUUUCACCUUCUUCCCAGAGCCUCUUCCAGCUGCCAAGAAACCAUUCGAGAGGAGGUCCAUGGACCACCAGUCUGCCCGAAAGCCCCUCCUGGGCCUGCCGAGUUAUAUGCUGCAGUCUGAAGAACUCCGGGCCUCCCUCCUGGCAAGGUAUCCCCCUGAAAAACUCUUUCAAGCAGAUCGGAACUUCAAUGCUGCUCAAGACUUGGAUGUGUCACUUCUGGAAGGUGACCUGGUGGGUGUGAUCAAGAAAAAGGACCCCAUGGGCAGUCAGAGCCGCUGGCUGAUUGACAACGGAGUCACCAAAGGCUUUGUGUACAGCUCCUUCCUGAAGCCCUACAAUGCUCGUCGCAGCCACUCCGACGUCUCUGUCGGCAGCCACUCCUCCACCGAGUCAGAGCAGAGCAGCUCCUCUCCCCGGUUCCCACGGCAGAGCAUCAGCGGCACCUUGACCGUCAACCCCAGCAGCAUGGCUGUGUCUUUUACCUCAGGGUCUUCCCAGAAACAGCCUCAAGAUGCAUCUUCCUUGAAGGAGCCUGACCAAGGAAGUCUCAGUGCAUCCUUAAACUUGGGUAGUGCAGAGAGCUGUCCUUCCAGAUGCCCUUCAGACCCAGACUCCCCCUCCCAGCCCAGGCCUUGGGGCUCUGCAGAUGCAGCCAGAGACGCUAACCAGCCCGCUCCAACCCUGAGGAGUUGCCGAAACCCCAGGCAUCCGGAAACGGCUGGCUACUCCGUACCGGGGCGAGAUGGGCAGGGUAAAGACCUCAUAAAAGGGUGUGCAAGAACAGCCCCGUCUCUGGAAGACAAGAAUGAGGAGCCAGAAAGCAGUGAGGCAGAAGGCAACCAGGUCUAUUUUGCUGUCUAUACCUUCAAUGCCCGGAACCCAAAUGAACUGAGUGUGUCAGCCAGAGAGAGACUCAAAAUCCUGGAGUUUAAAGAUGUUAUGGGAAAUACAGAGUGGUGGCUAGCGGAAGUUAAUGGGAAGAAGGGCUAUGUUCCAUCCAGUUAUAUCUGCAAAUCUGAGUACACCUGAACCUGCUCUGCCUCCCACUCAGCCUGCGCCCUCACUUCCCUUCUGAAGGGUUCUGCCGGCCCCUGCAAGGGACACAGGCCCUGUCUGCACCGCUUAACUGUGGCUCCGCAGGGCGCAAGAUGAGUCUUGUUCUCCUCCACUGGGUUGUCAGCCUUGAUGCUCACUAGAAUUUCUAGAACUGGAAAUGGACUCGGACUUGUGAUUCAGUGACCACAAGGAGAGCAGCAAGUCUCAGGGUCAGCCUCUGGAAAUGAGAAAUUUCCAAUCAGAAGACCAGGAUGCUAUGUCUGCUGGAAGCUGUGCGACAGCAGCGGAGGGUGUUGGCGAUGGUUGUACUGUGCUGAGUUUGGGGUGGCCUCAUGUUCCACGAUCAACAGGAACUGACGUGAAUGAAGAGAAUUACCUGGGCGCCCUUUCAGGCUGUGCCCCUGCCUUUGGCAAGGAGUUUGUUGAGAUGGUACCAAUCUCAUGUUUGAAAGCUUCAUGUCAAACACACACACACACACGCACGCACGCACGCACGCACGCACACACACACACACACACACACACACACACUUUCUAAAAGUUCCUAAAAUACUACCAUCUGUACUGCAUCUCCCCAGAUUGGUUAUGCUUUCUUUUCUCUUUUUAAAGAGCAUUUAGGGUCUUUAUAUUCCUUUGACCUUCAUCUGAAAGGUUCUCUUCCCUUUUAGGUACAGUUAUCUACACUUUUCUGACCAUCAUCUCUACUUUACACCAUCUAUGCCUGAUCAUCUGUCCUGGCCCUCUCCUGCAACACAAUAAAUGGUAGAUUUUCCUAGGAGCCCAGGAUCAGAGCAUCAGCCUUCCAUUAAAAGGAAUUGUGCUGCAAUGAGCUGAAACCAGUCCAACCUGGUUGGAAAACAAGACGUCUUUCCUUUCUCCAUCCAACCACACUACCAUCUACAGAUGCAGAAACCAUAACACAUGUAUCUUAUUUGAAUUAGGAUAAGCAGUCCCAGAAGUAGCUUGUCCUAGACUUGGAAAGAAGCAUUUUCUGUUCCACCACUAACCUCCAUGCUUAGAGACCAGAGUCUAAGCUGGACAGAUUCUAAAGUGCCUGGCUGUACCUCCCUCUGGCCUCGGGCAGAUAUCUACUAAUCCUUACCUGAACAAUCUCCCCCUGAAAGUUCUUUUCAAGCAGGGCUGCCCCAGAUAUGAAGCCUACCUUGAAACAGGGAACCAAGAAUUAUGUCCUGAGAAAGGGAAGUAAGAACAGCUUUACAAACCACUGCUUCCCCAGGUGCACCUUCGGCCUUAAAAUCCUGAUGAAUUGGGAGAUACCUGUGGAUGCCUCAGUCCCCACGUGUCCACAGGUUGGUCAGACAGCAGCAAUAUAAGUCCCUUGUGAAUAGUGUUUAUAUUGAGAGAUGUUUAUAUUUAAGUAGUCAUUUUAUAAAUAAAAGCAUUUCUAAGGA